AUCAAGAGCUCUUUCGUGCUAAACAAGAAGAGCUCGAGAAAAAGAGCGGCAAAAAGGAGCUGGCGGCUCAAAGAGUUUAAGCAGAUGACAAACCGAUAGAAGAAGAAAGUAUGGCGGGACGCGGUAGAGGAAAGCCUACCAUGUCCUUUUCCAUGGAACAAUUGGGUAUCGCUAAAGGAGAGACGCUGUCAACGCCAGUUCUGCAACCAUCUCCACUUUAUCCUCCAAUGGAGCGCAUGCCUGUAUUUAAACCGCUGACUACUGAGAUGAGUUAUCUCGUAGAGGUGCAAAGGGAUUUCAGGGAGUAUAUGCGAGAGGCACCGACCUUCGUGAAACCUGAUGUAUUAAAUAAAGAUAUUGAACGAUUUUGCGAAGAUGUUGAAGAAACAGAAUCCAACAAAUUCAAGCGUAGGGUCGACUACGAUUGGGAUAAAAUGCCGAGGGAGCUGUGGCCAAAGUGGAAAUUGCGUCAGCAGAGUGUAGCCGAGAGCAAAACGAAAAAGGACAUGGAUGUUGUGAAGAAGCUGACAGAAUUAGAGAAGAAAGAAAGCGUACAGCAACCUGCGGAAGAGGACGAUAAAGAGGAAGGGAACGAAGAGGAGAACGAUGAGGAAAAAGAGGCGGAAGCUGUAAAGGACGAUGAUGAAGCAGACGAGAUGGAUGAUGGGACUGAUUAUGUGAAUGAAUACUUCGAAAAUGGUGACGAUUACUAUAGCGAAGAUGAUAACGAUGAUGACAUAUCUUUUGAGAUAUAAAAGUUUGCAUCAUGUAAUCAGAAAAAUCUUGUAUCUCAAUCUCAGAGACGUUGAUCUGUUUUCAGGACUCUCAAUACUGAUAAGCUAUUAAUUUUGCAUAGCAUUAUUGGUUGAAGAAAACAGAUUAAUUAACAGUGCACGAAUUAAACUAGACAAAGAUUGUGUUUAGUAAAUAAAGUACAAAUUGAAUAAGUGUAA